AUGGCUCCCAAUCCAGAGCUAUCCUACCUGGACCGAGUCGUCAUGGAGAUCAUAGAGACGGAACGCCUGUAUGUCCAAGAUCUGCACAGCAUCGUGGAGGGAUACCUCGCCCACAUUAUAGACACUGCGGAUUUACCCAUCAUACCUGAACAGGUGUGUGCUCUGUUCGGAAACAUUGAGGACAUCUACGAGUUCAACAGUGAGCUGCUGCAGGAGUUGGAUUUGUGUAAAAAUGACCCGGUGGCCAUCGCCAGGUCUUUUGUACUGAAGAGUGAUUACUUUGAGAUCUACACACAGUACUGCACCAACUACCCAAACUCGGUGGCUGCGCUAACAGAAUGUAUGAGAAAUAAAACACUGCUGAAGUUUUUCAUGGAGAGACAGGAAGCUCUGAAACACCCACUUCCUCUCGGCUCAUAUCUUCUCAAACCUGUACAAAGAAUACUGAAAUAUCAUCUGCUCUUACAGGAGAUAGCGAAGCACUUUGAUCCUGAUGAAGAUGGUUAUGAUGUGGUGGAGGAGGCCAUUAAAACCAUGACUGAAGUAGCCUGGUACAUAAACACCAUGAAAAGAAAACAUGAACAUGCAGUCCGUCUACAGGAAGUGCAGUCGUUGCUGAUUAACUGGCGUGGUCCUGACUUAACCACGUAUGGUGAACUUGUUCUGGAGGGAACCUUCCGCUUUCAUCACACAAAAAACAACAGAACCCUCUUCCUGUUUGAGCGGGUUCUACUCAUCACCAAACGACGUAGUGAGAACUUCAUCUACAAAACACACAUCUCUUGUUCAACGCUGAUGCUUAUGGAGGGAGCAAAGGACUCGCUGUGUUUCAGCGUUACACACUACAAGCAUCCUAAACAACCUCACACAGUGCAGGCCAGAACAAUGGAGGAGAAGAAACUCUGGACUCAUCACAUCAAACGACUCAUUUUAGAAAAUCAUCACACAAUCAUUCCACAGAAGGCUAAAGAGGUGAUUUUAGAAAUGGAUCCAAUGUAUCAGAAGUACAGAUUUAACUGUGAGAGGAAAAAGAAAACACAGUCUGAUGAUUUCACAGACACUCGUCAGUCAGAAUUAACCAAACAGAUGCUGAAAAACGACAAAGCCAUACUUAAGACUCCGGUGUGGGUGGGGCAGCACUCGGUCAGUGAAGGAGAACUGCGAGAAAACCUUAUCGCUCUGGGCUCCACCUCAGGCAAGUCACUGGCUCUGAGUGCGGAGGACAGACGGCUGUGUUGCACUAACAGAGAGGAUGCUGUACACUGUGAGCUUCAGGAUGAGGAAGAGAAGGGAAGCGAAUCAGAUGAUGUGAUAACAGAGGAUUUUAGCAGCUCCAUGAUUUCCUGUUGGAGCUUCAGGGCUAAAGCCCUGCUGAAGCUCGACCUGGAUGAAGAGUGGCAAGGACACAGAGAGACACAACUGUCACAGCAGGAGGAGGGACAGGUGUGUGAGGAUCCAAACACAAAUAAGGCUUCACCCAGCCUAUCACAGUUCCAGAAUAACACAACAGAACUUGGAUCUGCAAAGGGAUUAAAAUCCAUGUCUGAUUGUGAAGAAGCCGAAUUCAGGCACAGUGUUUAUCAUGGAAGCACUGUGGAGGGAUCUGACCGAUAUGAGGUAAAAGCAGAAAUUGGGCUGAAUCAGGAUGGACAGUCAUCAGAAGAGGAAGUGGAGGGGGACUGUGCAGAAAGUGAGAAUCACUCCAUCCUUCCAUCGUCUGUUCUCAGUAAAGCAAGUGUCAUUGCUGAACAUUUUAUUGCUAAUGCUCGCCGCAGUAGUGCAGCACCAGAUGAGCUUCGGUCUCCUCAGCGAAUUCAACAGGAAGUGACAUCAAGCAAAAAUGCAACUGCUAAUUUUAACCUCCUGUCCCCAAGAGAGGAGAUGGUGUCUGGAUCAGAUCGACAUGUCUGUAGAAGGAGAGAUUCAAUUCUGUCCAAACAGGAACAGCUGCUCAUUGAUAAGGUCAGGAACUACUAUGAAAAUGCUGAGCAACAGGAUGCAGGUUUCAGCUUGAAGCGCAGAGAAAGUCUGACGUACAUCCCGAGUGGGUUAGUGCGCACUUCUGUCAGCCACUUUAACAAAAUCCCUCAUGCUGACCAUCGGCUUAAACCUCCAAACACAGAAACAUCGUUAGUGACAUCAUCACCUACUAGUUCUGAUAUCGACACUAAACCUGAUAAACUCGGAGACCUGUUCAGCACAGAGGUUGAUUACUCUGUGAGCCACAAAUCAGAAGAUUUUUCAGAGGAAUGUUUCCGUUCAUCAGCAGAAAUGAUUAAAAUUUGGCAGGAAAUGGAGAAAGAGGUCGACAGCUCACUGAGAGAAAAUAAGUUCAGAGCUAUGUCACAGUUCCGAGGACCAAGUUCAGUUUUCCAAAGUUUCAGUAGAAACACAGAAGAUCAAGUUAGACAACAAGAAUUGAUGGCCACUGACGAUCUCAGCAUUAUUACAGAGGAAUCGCCAGUCAAGGGUAAAGAAGAUGAAAACGAAAGAGAGUCAACAGAAAAUGCAGUCUUAAGUCUGACGAAGACGUUCAGCCAGCAUAUACAGAGCAGAGAAACUUUGAACCAGUCGAGGAGGCGGGCCUCAGAGACGACCGUAAACACAGUUAAUAAAAUAAAUAUACCACCACUGACCGACAAAGAGACCAAGAAAACCCUCAAAGGAAAACCAGACCUAGCACUGUCAUUAUCAGCAUGUGUUCAGACAACACAAAAUGCACAACAGACACACAAUACUGUGACCGUUUUAUCUCCAGAACUUUCACACUUGAAAAGCCCCAUGCCAUUUGAGGGUUUUCCUUGGCCGGAUGUAAGGGAGCUGCGUUCCAGAUACAGUUCUCUGGAGUGUGCACCUCUCACACCGCUCACUUCUGCUGCAAAUACACUCAGUCCAGACUGUGACAUGGACAAAAAUGUAUCUCGGAUUCAGCGAGCUGGGUCUCUGGAUCAGAAACUGGUUGGCUUUGACUGGACUAAUUUACAGAAAAGGAAGGUGAAUAGUGAUUACUGCAUAUCAGCGCAGGCAAAAUUACCCAAUAACAGGACCAUUACUGUGCUGGAAAAAGUCAACAAGACACAUACACACACCGGCCAAUCACAAAAUUAUAUCCAGAUUCAGUCCCCCACAUCUUGGCAGAAAAUGUCCCUGCUGUCUGUCACCGAGCGCUGCCGAUUGUAUGAGGAUCUGGAUGAGGCAGCGUCCAGAGCGGAGCCAGAAACCAGAAACAAGGACACUAAAACUGACAAACACAGCAAUGCCGCACAGGAGGGUGUCGUCAAAAACCUUCGGGAAAAAUUUCUCAAUCUGAGAUAGAUAAAGGUUACAUGUAGGGUAAAUUAUAUAGUGCACUAUAUAAUUCCCUAUAUGUAGGGAAGAGAAAGGUGUUUGGGAUAUGCCCUAGCAAUUAAUCAUAUUGUAUAAAUAUCACACAGUAUAGUCGGGCGAUCAGGGCUCUACAGUGUGACCAUUUCACUCGCAUUUGCGACUGAAAAUUUUUUUGUGCGACUGUGAAAAAAUAUUUAGGAGCACCGGUGCGAGUGACCUGUUCGGAGUUGUAUAAUACAAUCGGAAUAAAAAAUAAAACUCAAAAAUUCAUCUAUACCGCACAACGGUUACUUUCACACUGCUUUUCAUCUCCUCAGUCAACCGAACAAGUGUGUAAAUACUGCAGAGAAGCCAUUAUGAUGAUGAGAGUAACUCUGUACAUCAUCUGCUUCUCUCAAACCGCCAUCUUUUAUUGAUCCCGCAAAAUGACCUGCGACCUGUUCGUGUAAAGACAGUGGUAAAUUAAUAAUAAUGUUAACAUUACAAGGUGGGUUUUAAUUCAAACUUCUUUAUGAAAUAAUUCCUCACCAAUCAUAAUCAAGAGUAGCAACUGUUCAGUCUGUAAACAUACAGUACACUGCCGCUCUCCUUCGCUCUCUUCAUUAACUCAUCCCAGCUCACGUGCACAGCGCAUUCACUUCAUUUAAACUCACAGUUGCUGGAUAUCACUACAAAAGUCAACUCCAGUUUCCAUGUUUUGAUUUAAUCCCCCCAAAUAACUUAAUAUUAUCAGCAGACAUGGCAACACUGUACUGGGGGAACCAAUCUAAAAGGAACAACUAAUAAACAAACAAAAAAACUAAUAAAAUGUAAAGAGAGAAAAUGUGCUUAGUUAUAAAUAAAUCAUUUAAUAUAAAAAAAUACAUAUAAUAAUAACUUCAUAAAAUAUAAAUAAAAUGAGAAAUUAAAUGAUUUUUAAUUACUAUGGGUUGCAUUUAAUAUCAAUUUGACCUUAAGCUUAGUUCACUAUUUCCUUAGAAGGCUAUUAGCCUUUUUGCUAAUAUGGAUCAUGUUUGUGUUAGUCUAGUUUUAAUUAGGACUCUUUAUUAUUUCAAACAUUUAAAAAUAAAUAUUUUAUGCUGUUUAUUUAUCAUUUAACCAACAGUGUCUCAUUGCUAUUACUUUAAUUCAAUUAACAGUGACAAUGAGCAGAGAGCUUACAUUUAACUGUUUAUGACCUCCUGAUUAAAGUUUAAACAAAAAAAGAUUGGUAUCUGGAUCGGUAUCAAUCAUAAAAAUCCUGAUUGGAGCGUC